AUGCUAGGUCGCGAUGCUAUCCGGCAGAAGAAAAGAGAGGAUCGUAAAGCGGCGUACGGGAAUAAGCUAGAUGCUACAUCAUCAUCAUAUCCAAACAAGGGUUCGGGAUUACCCUACCCUCAUCGUUUAAACUUCUAUACCGACCCUCCAAAGGAUGAAGUUUCGCUCGAGGAGUUUGAACAAUGGGCUAUCGAUCGGUUGAAAGUACUCGGAGAAAUCGAAACCUGUCAAUUCCGCAAUAACACCCCUACAGAAAUCGACACCACCCUACGAAAACUCCUCGACAAAUACCUCCCCUUAAACUCCAACUCCUCAAUCCCGGAAAGCGAACGUUCGAAUCCUAGAAGAUUCUUGGGUUUAACAAAUGAACGUAAAAAGGACCAUUACAGCCACUUCAUCCUCCGUCUUGCAUUCGCAAGAUCGGAUGAUCUUAGGAGAAGAUUCACAACGACAGAAAGUAUAUUAUUCCGUCAUAGGUUUACUACGGAUAAUACGAUCGAACGGGCGGAGUUUAUGGAUUCUUUGCAGUUGAAUUCUGAGGUUGUGGGGGAGGCUGAGAAGGUUUCGUUGGCGGAGGAGUUGAAGGCAGUUUUGAUCAGUGGCAGUAAAAUGCCGGCUGAGAAGGCGAGGCAGAUGUUCGAACAGGAACAAUAUUUGAAGGUGGAUUGGGAUAGGGUGUCGGAUUUGGUGGAAGGGAGGAAGGUGUUCUUGAGGAGGGGGUAUGCUUAUGUACCCAAUAGUAUGCUGUUGAGUUUGGUCAUGGCGGAGUUUUCGAAGAGGUUGGAUGAGUCGUUGAUAAAAACAGCGCGCUACCUCCCACACCUCGACGAAGACGACCGACUAAUCCCCAUCCUCAACCACCUCUCCAAAGGUUUCACAGCCCCCGAAUACACCUCUUCAACCUCCUUAGCCUCCCUCUCCGGCGAAGCCAUCACCGCCUCCCAAAUCGACAACCUCUCCUCCCACUUCCCCCUCUGCAUGAAAAACCUCCACGCCUCCCUCCGACGCGACAAACAUCUCCGCCACUUCGGUCGUCUCCAAUACGGUCUCUUCCUAAAAGGUCUAGGCCUCUCCAUCGACGAAGCCCUAAUCUUCUGGCGUCAAUCAUUCUCAAAAUUCACAGACGACCAAUUCAGCAAAGAAUACAGAUACAACAUCAGACAUUCGUACGGUCUUCAAGGUGCCGGGAGGAAUUAUAAACCAUACAGUUGUCAACAGAUACUUAUGGAACAUCCACCGGGUGCGGGGGAUAGUCACGGAUGUCCUUAUAGACAUUUUUCGAUCGAGAAUUUGACGGUGGCGAUGGGGAGGUUGAUGGGGGUGGAGGAUAGGAGUGUGGUUAAUGGGGUUAAACAGGAUGUGGAGGCUAAGAAGUAUCAUUUGGCUUGUAAUAGGGUUUUUGAGUAUUUGCAUGAGAAGGAGUUGAAGAAGAAGGAGGGAGGGGCAGGGAAGGAGACUAUUACGCAUCCUAAUGAGUAUUUUGAUAGGAGUUGGGGGUUGAAGAAUCCUGGGAAGAGAGGUGGGGAUGGGUCGGAGGUGCAGGUUAAGGAUGAGGAUGUGACGAUGACAUGA